AAAGGGGUGUGUUAUCUCUGUUCUAGAAAUCAUGAAGCUGUUUCUCCUGGAGGUCAAGUGGCUUGACAGAGAUCACAUGGCUAAUAUCAAGCCUCCAACUCUAGCCUGUGGCUCCAGAGUGCUUGCUUUUAUCCAAUGCAGCACGUUUCUUUCCCAUGCAAUACAAAAGGGGACCAUUAUUUAGAUGUCAAGGUAAAGUAUUGAUGAUGGCAAAGUGGCAAGAACUCUGAUUUUCUUUCCAGUAACCUUAAAGGUUACUACCUUAAGUUUGUUUUUUUUUUUUUAAAAUAGCCUAAAGUCAUAUAAGAUCUUUUAAAAUGAACAACAACAAUAAAUGGUGGCAAGUGGGACUUCAGUUUCUGAAGACUGCCCGUGGGCUCACCAGAAAGCAGGGAUAUAAUCCUCUGGUAAAGCUAACUGCCCCGUUAGAGCCACCUGAGAGUCACCUACGGGGCUGCUUAGUCAGCAGUAUUGCUGUGGAAACCAGCCCUCCCUCUGCCUACACAUGUGGCACAUGACUGCUUUGUGGGAAAAGAAACAGGAAGGGAAGGAAGAAAGUAGAGGCAUCAGUGCCAGGUCCCAGCUGCUUCUCUCCUGUGCCUGGUGUGACCUGGUGUGGCCGGGAUUCUGCUCAGGGUGCCUAGGAGGCAGGACACUUGAAAGGUACACAUAAUGUGUGUGGUGCACAGAAGGAUGAGGAUGCUCUGAUGGUUUGCUGAGUCUUAGAGGCAAGUUCAGUGGGUCACUUUGUCUCCAAGUACAGAUGUUGAGUUCUCAGAGGGUCACACUGCUAUCCAGUGACACCCCAGGUUCAGGCUACCACCACACAGCAGUGGUCCACUUAUAAGCACCGGGCAGAGGAGAAACACAGGGUGGUGGAAAGCAGACACUUGGGGUGACUCAUUCUGUUUUAAUCUGGAUCCAGGCUGAAAUGGGCAAGUGCUGUAUUUAAAUAAUAUCCAGGGAGGGAACCAGAAUCUCCCAGUGCAUCUUCUGAUUAUUCAUGUAGGAUGUGUAUGUUUGUGUUUUGUUUUUGUUUUUUUAAAGAAGAAUCUUCUCCUGCCAUAGGCCUCACACUUUUCCCAGAUAUGAACUGUUCUGUGCCACAGUUGACUAUCGUAGGCCAGAUAGCAAAUACUAGGAUGUGUGCAUGUUGAGAAGUGACUUACUCUGUAGAGCGAAUGCAUCAGAGGAAACAUUUUGACUCUGGGAAAUGAACUACAUUAAAUUUUACCCAUUUAAGUAUACUAUUAUAACAAGAAAAAACUGAAAAAAAUAUCUGGCAGACCAUUUAUCUUUCUGGAAGUCUGUGAAAUAUAAGACGGCGUGAGUCGUGUUUUCUGGAGUUGGAAAGCAGUGUCCUCGUUGGAGGCAGUCUGCAGAGGAUGCAGGACAGUAGCUCUUUCUUAGCCUUCUCUGAGCCUUGGCUCUUAGGAUAUAACCUGUCCUUUUGCAUGUCACUAUAGCAUAACAUGCCUUAAACAUCACAUACAAGCAUGGUCGAGAAGGGAAGUCUUUUCUAAUGGUCUGUUGCCUACAAGGCCUCUGUGGUCUUUUUGACAUCAUGACUCAAAAGCAUGCAGAAGGCUCCAAUGAGUUUAGAAUUUACUCUCUGCUCUCCUGUGGCAGCACCAUGGCAUGAAACUCAGUGACCCCAGCAGAUGCUACUGAUCUAAAGGAUAAUUCUGCAGUUGACUUUCAACCACUGCUUAUAGCUUGAGGUUGUGCUUGAAGUUGGGGCACUGGUGGAACACUAACCCUGAUGCAGAAUAGUUUUAGCACUGCCACUCAACACUGAUAUGUUUAAUCAUCUGAUAAAGAUUUAUUCAGUAUGUCUAUGUUGAAUAAUAUAUCUGUGCUGUCUAUAUAUAGCUUUGGCUAGAUGCCCUUGGUAAAGGGCCAUAUAACUCAUCAGCAGGCCCAUGUUCUUUCUAAUUUUAUUUUAUAUAUAUGGGUAUUUUGCCUAUAUGUAUGUAUGUGCACUGUGUGUACGGAGGCCAAAAGAGGGCAUCUGACCAUCUGGAACUGGAGUUGCAGUGAGUUGUGAGUUGCCCUGUUUGGGCUGGGAAUUGAACCUGGGUCCUCUGCAGAGCAUCCAGAGCUUAACUGCUGAGCUGUCUCUACAGAUCUACCAGGGCCCCUUUUGAGAAUGAGAGGGAGCUGUUCAUCUUCAUACUGAGACUGCAUUGGGCUUCUGAGGCAGAGUUGUGGUUUAAGGCCAACCUCUACUGCAUAAUGAAACUAUGUCUUAAGUUACUGGCUCAGUCAGUAGAGUGCUAGCCUGGCAUCCAGGAGUAAAGUCCUGGGUUUGAUCUCUAGAACAUCUUAAUACCACAUACUAGUAAUUAUAUGUCUGUAAUCCUGGUACUAGAGGUAGGAGGAAUAAGUGUUCAAGGUCCUCCUAGGCUACAUAGUGCGUUCUAAGGAAGCCUGGGCUCUGAAAUUGUACUUCAACAAAACAAAGCAAUGCAAGCCGAUCUAAAAUAAUAAUAACAAGAAUAACUUUAUUAUUGUUAUGUUGCUGCAGUCAGCACAUAGUGGGAGUGGGAUUAUCCUAGCUAAUCUGGAACAGACAGUUGCCUUGUAUAUUCAUGUCCUUCAGUGUGUACAACUCUUACACAGCUGGUUAAAUCAAGAACUAUAAAGACCCUGGAUUCUAGUCUUAGCAUUGAAAAUGAAAAAAAAUUGUGAAAAAAGAUCGUUCUCUUCUACAGUUAUCCCAGGAUCACAUAAUCAGAUCCCCCCUCCCAACUGUUUAUAGCAGAGUGUGCCAGCAUCUCUUACUUCAAGAAUUCUGUUGUAGCAAAAAACUUAAAGAAUAGUUUGCUGGAGUCCAACAAACUCUCCUCAUCUCUCUCUUCCCUCCCUCCCUCCGUCCAUCUUCCUUCCUUCCUUUCUUUCUUUCUUUCUUUCUUUCUUUCUUUCUUUCUUUCUUUCUUUCUUUCUUUCUUUCUUUCUUUCUUUCUAAAGGUCUCCCUAAGUAGCUCAGGCUGCUCUCCAACUCAUAGUAAUUCUCCUGCCUCAGACACCCUAGUGCUGAGAUUAUAGGUGUUAGCCACUAUGUCUAGCAGCCAGCUUUUCCUAUUAAUAGCCAAACAGUAAGUUUGGUUAUAACAGUUGGUAUGGGCCAUGUUAUGUUAUGGCCAUCUCUUGCUGGCACUGUCGGAUGAAGAUGAUCAAGGUAGGCUGUGUUCCCAAACCACAUUUUUUUUAUCUACACAAGACAAAUCUGGGCCAUCGUUUGCCAGACUAGCUUUGUGACACUGCUUCCCACCAUGUCAUCAUGGUCUGCUGCCCUGCCCUUGUCUCCCUGUAGUCUGCUUUUGUCAUAGUUUCUGGCAUCUUCCCUAUUGUCAGUGGCAGUGACACUCUCUCUUGAUCAAGUAUAAGGAGUGAUUACUCUUCUUUACCUUGUUUGGUUUUGGUGACAUACAUAGUCAUCCUUGGUUUUCUCUGCUGAUGCUGGUUUCUCUCUUGAAAUUUUGCCCUUUUUUUUUUAAAGAUUUAUUUAUUUAUUAUAUGUGAGUAGUACACUGUCUCUGUCUUCAGACACACCAGAAGAUGGCAUCGGAUCCCAUUACAGAUGGUUGUGAGCCACCAUGUGGUUGCUGGAAUUUGAACUCAGGACCUCUGGAAGAGCAAUCAGUGCUCUUAACCACUGAGCCAUCUCUCCAGCCCUGCCCUUUUCUUCUAGACAGCUGCGUGUUGGAAUACUUGGGGGCUUGGUUCUCUCUUCCCUUCCCUGCCUUUCCCUCUCCUUUCCUCCAAGGCACCUAAUCAGAACAUACUCGAGUGACUGAAAGAGUGACUGAGAUUCUGACUGGUCUGACUGAGCAGCUGUGUUGCUGUGGGUUUUCACAAGCCACAAACUCCAGGAGCCCUCCAUGUGUCAGCUGUGGUGCUCUUCCAUCCCCCCAUCACAGGCACUUGAAGAAGCCCAGAAAGCCAUUCAGCAACUCUUUGGCAAAAUCAAGGAUAUUAAAGACAAAGCAGAAAAGUCAGAACAAAUGGUGAAAGAGAUCACCCGAGAUAUUAAGCAGUUAGAUCACGCCAAGCGCCACCUGACCACCUCGAUCACAACACUGAACCACCUGCACAUGCUGGCAGGCGGGGUGGACUCCUUGGAAGCCAUGACCAGACGCAGACAGUAUGGAGAAGUUGCUAAUCUCCUUCAGGGUGUAAUGAAUGUUCUGGAGCACUUUCACAAGUACAUGGGAAUCCCACAGAUCCGACAGCUUUCUGAACGGGUGAAGGCUGCACAGACAGAGCUAGGACAGCAAAUCCUGGCUGAUUUUGAAGAAGCAUUUCCUUCACAGGGUACCAAGAGGCCAGGAGGACCCAGCAAUGUCCUGAGAGAUGCGUGCCUGGUGGCUAAUAUUUUGGACCCCAGAAUCAAACAAGAAAUCAUCAAAAAGUUUAUUAAACAGCAUCUAUCAGAGUAUCUAGUACUUUUUCAAGAAAAUCAAGAUGUCGCCUGGCUGGACAAAAUUGACAGACGUUAUGCCUGGGUAAAACGCCAGCUUGUGGACUAUGAAGAGAAGUAUGGUCGGAUGUUUCCUCGUGAGUGGUGCAUGACAGAGAGAAUCUCAGUAGAAUUUUGCCAUGUGACGAGGACAGAACUUUCCAAAAUCAUGCGAGCCAGAGCUAAGGAAAUUGAGGUGAAGUUGCUUCUUUUUGCCAUUCAGAGAACAACUAACUUUGAGGGGUUUCUCGCAAAACGCUUCUCCGGUUGCACCUUGACAGAUGGAACCCUGAAAAAGCUGGAGUCCCCACCGCCAUCUACCAAUCCCUUCCUGGAAGAUGAGACAGCAGCAGAGACGGAGGAGCUGGCUCUGGAGAAGGGAGAGUUAGAGCAACCAAAGAAGCCCAAAGCCCCAGAUAAUCCAUUUCAUGGCAUUGUUUCCAAGUGUUUCGAGCCUCAUCUCUACGUGUACAUUGAGUCCCAGGACAAAAACCUCAGUGAGCUGAUAGACCGGUUUGUGGCAGAUUUCAAAGCCCAGGGCCCACCCAAGCCCAACACUGAUGAAGGGGGUGCUGUACUCCCCAGCUGUGCUGACCUCUUUGUCUACUAUAAGAAGUGCAUGGUACAGUGCUCACAGCUCAGCACAGGCGAGCCCAUGAUUGCCCUGACCACCAUCUUCCAGAAGUACCUCCGAGAAUACGCCUGGAAAAUCCUCUCUGGCAACCUGCCUAAAACCAGCAGCAGCAGUGGGGGGCUGACCAUCAGCAGCCUCCUCAAAGAGAAAGAGGGCUCAGAAGUGGCCAGAUUCACUCUGGAGGAGCUGUGUCUCAUCUGCAGCAUCCUGAGCACAGCCGAGUACUGUCUGGCUACCACUCAGCAGCUAGAAGAAAAACUCAAAGAAAAAGUUGAUGUGAGUCUGACUGAGCGAAUUAACCUCACAGGAGAAAUGGACACAUUCAGCACUGUCAUCUCCAGCAGCAUUCAGCUGUUGGUUCAAGAUCUAGAUGCAGCCUGUGACCCUGCCCUGAUUGCCAUGAGCAAGAUGCCGUGGCAGAACGUGGAGCAUGUUGGUGACCAGAGCCCUUAUGUCACCUCUGUUAUUCUUCACAUAAAGCAGAAUGUCCCCAUCAUCCGUGACAACCUGGCUUCCACACGGAAAUACUUCACACAGUUCUGCAUUAAAUUUGCAAAUUCGUUCAUUCCCAAAUUCAUCACCCACCUCUUCAAGUGUAAGCCGAUCAGCAUGGUGGGAGCAGAGCAGCUUCUGCUGGACACCCACUCCCUGAAGAUGGUCCUGCUCGAUCUCCCGUCCAUUGGCUCACAGGUGGUGAGGAAGGCCCCUGCCAGUUACACUAAGAUUGUCGUGAAAGGCAUGACCCGGGCUGAAAUGAUCCUCAAGGUGGUGAUGGCCCCUCAUGAACCAUUGGUAGUAUUUGUUGACAACUACAUCAAACUCCUUACAGACUGCAACACAGAAACCUUCCAGAAAAUACUGGAUAUGAAGGGGCUGAAGAGGAGUGAGCAGAGCAGCAUGCUGGAACUUUUGCGGCAGAGGCUCCCUGCCCCACCCUCAGGGACAGAAAGUUCUAGCACACUGUCCCUGAUGGCCCCAACACCAGAGCAGGAAUCAUCACGCAUCCGAAAACUUGAAAAACUGAUUAAAAAGAGACUGUAAGGAACAUGCCGACAUUGCCAGGGUCCCUGAGCAACUGAUUUCUGGAAACCCUCGCCCUUAUGACUCCAGGUCCUAAGUCCUGAAGGCUCUGAGGACAUUACGGUUAUUAAAGUAUCUCUCCCAGAA